AUGGCCCAUGCCGUGAUGGAAUUCUUCAAUUUCGUUGGCGAUGAGCCAAUCCCUCCCUAUGCGAUACUUUCACACACUUGGGGUCCGGACACUGAGGAGGUCACUUUUGAUGACCUGACCAAUGGCUGUAGCAUGGCCAAACCUGGCUAUGAGAAGAUCCGGUUCUGCGGAGCACAAGCUGGACAAGAUGGCUUGCAAUACUUUUGGAUUGACACCUGUUGCAUUAACAAAGCAAACAAGGCCGAGCUCUCGCAGGCUAUCAACUCCAUGUUUUCCUGGUACCGCAACGCGACUCGGUGUUACGUCUACCUGUCGGAUGUUUCGACGGCUAAGGGGAAAGCUAGCGACGGACCCUCCGAAUUUACUUGGGAGCCGGCUUUUCGAGUCAGCAGAUGGUUCACUCGUGGUUGGACACUCCAAGAGCUUCUUGCGCCAAGUUCGGUCGAAUUCUUUUCCUGGGAACGCAGGCGACUUGGUGACAAGAAUUCUCUGAGGCGCCAGAUUCACGAGAUUACGGUUAUUCCUGAGUUAGCGCUUGAAGGAGCCCCUUUGUCUCAGUUUAGCGUUAAUGAGCGAUUGUUAUGGAUAAAACACCGCCAGCCUAAGCUUGAAGAAGAUAGAGCGUACUCUUUACUCGGCAUUUUUAGGGUGUAUGUAGCUCCUAUCUACGGCGAAGGGAUAGCAAGCGCUUUCAAACGGCUUCGAGAGGAAAUCGGCAAGCUGGAGCAAUGUAUCCAGGACUUACACCUCACCGAUCCCCGGGAUGAUAAGAAGCGCAUCGAGGACACCAAGGGUGGCUUGCUGAAGGACGCAUACCGCUGGAUCCUCAAAACCCCCGACUUCUAA